AACUUUAGCUAAAGGCUAACAAUCAUUUUAUUUUUAGCAUAUGAUCAAAGUCCACUAAAAAAAAACAUUGUAACCGACUGCCUACUCAGAAAGGCACAAACUGAUUUUGCAGGAAACUUUAUUUAAAAACCUUUAGAUUUCAGGUUCACAGUUCUACCAGUAAGAAGAGAAAGAUUCAAUGGAUUCAAUUCUGUUGCUGGUGUUCUGUCUCUCCUGCUGCCUUCUCUUUUCCCUCUGGAAACAGAAUACCAGGAAAGGAAAGCUUCCCCCUGGCCCUAUUCCUCUCCCGAUUAUUGGAAAUAUCUUAAAGAUAGAUGUCAAGAAUAUUCACAAAUCCCUGAGCAAACUCUCAGAAGUCUAUGGCCCUGUGUUUACUGUGUAUUUUGGUAUGAAUCCCUUUGUGGUUCUGUAUGGAUAUGAAGCAGUAAAGGAAGCACUGAUAGAUCUGGGAGAAGAGUUUUCUGGAAGAGGUGAAACCCCAGUAAUUGAAAAAAUUAACGAAGGACAUGUUGGAAUAGUGUUCAGCUCUGGAAAGGAAUGGAAGGAACUAAGGCGCUUCUCUCUUAUGACUCUACGAAAUUUGGGGAUGGGGAAGAAGAGCAUUGAGGACAGAGUUCAAGAAGAAGCCCAGUGCCUUGUGGAGGAGUUGAGAAAAACUAAUGCCUCACCCUGUGAUCCCACUUUUAUUCUGGAAUGUGCUCCAUGCAAUGUGAUCUGCUCCAUCAUUUUCCAGAAUCGCUUUGAUUAUAAAGAUGAAGUUUUUCUAGACAUGCUAAGAAGAAUGAAUAAAAAUAAUGAAAUUUUGAGCUCUCCGUGGGUUCAGAUCGGCAAUAUUUUCCCUAUUCUCCUUGAUUAUUGUCCAGGAAGUUAUAAAAAAGUACUUCAAAAUGCUGCUUAUCUUAAAAGUUACUUUAUGGAGAAAAUUAAAGAACAUCAAGUGUCUUUGGACACUGAUAAUCCUCGGGACUUUAUUGAUUAUUUUCUGAUCAAAAUGGAGCAGCAGAAUCAGAAUCAAGAUCAGGUGUUUUCGUUAGAAAACUUGGUGAUCAUUACAUUGGAUCUCUUUGGAGCUGGGACAGAGACAACAAGUACCACCCUGAGGUUUGCUUUGCUCCUGCUGCUCAAGCACCCAGAUGUCACAGCUAAAGCCCAGGAAGAGAUUGAGCGUGUGAUUGGCAGACACAGGAAGCCCUGCAUGAAGGACAGGACCAGUAUGCCCUACAUGGAUGCUUUGGUGCAUGAAGUCCAGAGAUAUGCUAAUCUUAUUCCUAAUGGUGUGCCUCAUGCUGUGACCUGUGAUGUUAAAUUCAGAAAUUACAUUAUCCCCAAGGGCACAACCAUAUUAAUAUCACUGACUUCAGUCCUGUAUGAUGAUAAAGAAUUUCCUAAUCCAAAGGUGUUUGACCCUGCUCACUUCCUGGAUAAGAGUGGCAAUUUUAAGAAAAGUGACUAUUUCAUGGCCUUUUCAACAGGAAAACGAGUAUGUGCUGGAGAGAGUCUGGCUCGCAUGGAGCUGUUUUUAUUUCUCACCACCAUUUUACAGAAUUUCAACUUAAAGCCUGUGGUUGACCCCAAAGACAUUGACACUACUCCCAGUUCCAGUGGAUUUAUUUCUUUACCCCAUCAGUACAAACUCUGCUUCAUUCCUGUAUAAAGAAAAUGAGGCCCUCUGAGUUUUGCUUUGCUAUUGUCUUUAACUUCUGAUCAUUUGAGGAUGUAUUUACUUCUUUACUAUUCCAAGAAAUUGCCAUGUAUACCUCUCCCAUAUUCAUUAAUUCAUUCUUUUAUGACCUAGAAACAUUCAACCUCCAUUAAUAGAUAAUUUUUCAAUCUCAAUGCACAUGUAUUAGUUACUUCAAUAAUCUAUAAAUCUUGUCCUGGCCACUAUAUAUAUAUAAUUGUUGCUUUACUGAUGCUACCCUAAUCAGUAAUUGUAUUUCUCCCUACGGUGUGACCUGGUGAUAGUAUAUUGAAUUAUUCCUUACUUGGUAGUCUUCUCCCACCCUAGGGUGGGAUCUGAUUCUUGUCAAUAAAAGUAGGGGUCUGAGGAAGGCAGGAGUUCAUUCUUUGGUCUUCUUCCACUGAGCUGCACUCCAUCUUAGGAGCAGAAAACUUUUGUGGUUUGAAUUUCUUGCUUGAGCACUGAAUUUCUUGAACCCAUUCUUGUACCUUUUCACUGUGUGAAUUAUUUUCUGCGGAUCUCUACAACUGGAACUGUUCCCCCUGACCUAACUGGACAGGGAAAUGGAAACUGCCUUUUCUGUCUGCAAGCUCUGUGGCAAUCAAACCUUAACCAAUCUUCUAGAGAACUUGACACUUCAUAUAAUAUAUAUAAAAUAUUUACCUAAUACUGAGUUGUUCGUGUAGAUAAUAUGACACAGAAAGAUUAUUAAUAAUGUCAAUUGUUUAUACUGAUAUUUUUCCUCUGUGUGUUCUAAAUAAAAAUAUAUAACAU